AUGGACAGUGGGGUGGCCAGCCACCACAUCCGUACCGAGAACGACAGCCGCCAACUCGGACUGACCGGUCCGUCGACCGUCAUUGCGGUCGAUCGCCUCAACUAUACUCUUCGCACAGGAGCAACGGUGAACGCUAUGGUGCUCAACGCGUUGGAGCUGAUGGACCGACACAACGAGGUGACAGUCGCUUUUCAAGGAUUUGUAGUACACGACGUUCCUGACAUCAAAGCUCGCACUAACCCGAAGGCUGGAUUAACUAACGAUGUAGAUCUAACCUUUAGUGACUCAGACGACGAAGGUAAAACCGAGUCAGCCCCGGCGGAGCAGGCAUACAUCGAGCUGGUGCGCUUAGACAACCGGUCUCUGCGCAAGCGGGCCACGAUCACCGACCCAAGGCACCAAGACCUGCAACUACUGGACGACGUCGACGUCCCAGGUCGAGAGCCGCUCCGAUGCCCACAAGCCCGCGCUUCUGUCGUCGGAAAUCGAGCAGUAUGUGCACAAUGCUAUCGUGCACCCAUCCUUCAUCGCAAGGACCGCGGACCAAGUUUCUCGGCUGUCACGUCUGUCGCACGACCUCGGUUUUGGCGUCCGAGGGCUGUCUCGCAUGCAUUUCCGCCGAUUCUGUCAAGAACUCGAGCAACAAUCGGCCGUGGACGCGGUGGACAUGACCAACUUUGGCAGGUCGAACGCACUCCAGCCCGCUACGCCACCGAAUAA